AUUCUCCACGUGACAUGAGUGAUACAGACCCUGGCUUUCUACCAGCAGUGGCAAAACAGUUCCUUCUGCCUGACGAUCCCUCCUCGCUGAACCCAGCCUGCCCUUCAGGCUCCAUCCGCACUGACAGCCAGCCCAGGUGAGAACAGUUGCCUUCCUCUCCAUCUCAGAGGCAGUCCCUUCACAAGAAGAUCUGAAAUACUUGAAGUGAAUCAAAGGAGCCAUUAUGUCCCUGUCCUCCAGCCUAAAGAGUCUCCUCACUGUCUGUGUCCUCGCUGCUUUUGUUUCCAGCACUGUGGUAGAGAGUUACAAAUGUGCACAAUGUGAACUUGAAGAGUGUAACAAUGGCAAUAAGAAAACUUGUGAUUCCUCUCACGGCUGCUUCAGUGAAAAGAGAGAACUUAAUGCGACAGGGCAGCAGCCCCUGAGUAUCCUUCUGAGGAAAGGCUGUUCUUCAAGCAAGUGUGAUCCAAAGGCCUUCUCAGCCACACUGGGGGAUAAGCUCACAUUUGGGUAUGGCUAUCAAUGCUGCCAAGCUGAAGAGUGUAACAAAGCAGACUUCCAAGUGGCUCGGAAGUCCUCAGAGCCCAAUGGCAUUACCUGUCCUGCCUGCUACAAUGACCAGGGUUUUACCUGCCAACCAACCGACCUCGCCUGUAAAGGGGAAGAGAAAAAGUGUCUUGAGUUUGUAGGCACAGUUAAUGGUGCCCAACCAGUAUUUGGUAUGGGUUGUGCAACUGAAACUGCUUGCAACUUGAAGGAUAUGAAAGUGACAAAUGACGUAAGAAUCCAUACCUACUGUGUGGGCAGCAGUAGUGGAAGCCCCCAGCUGACAUCCAUCAUCUCAUCAAUUCUGACUGCUCUCUUUCUGCUGAAAGUCUUGCUUUGAUCUCUGAGGCACCUCCAAGCCCAUCUACAAAUAUUUCCAAGCACUUCUAUAAACCUGAAAAAGUUGGAGGCCUUGAAUGUCUCCCUCCCCCAACACUGCCUACCCACAACAUCAGGGAAUUAAAAAGCUGAUAUG